UUUUCCUGUUCUAGAAAUAUAUAUAAAUGGAAAUAUAUGCUUUUUUGUGUCCAGUCUCUUUCACUCAACAUAACAUCUAUGAGGGUCAUUUAUGUUGUAUGUACAGUUUAUUCCUUUUUUAUUGCAGAUUAGUUAUGCAAUUAUACGAAUAUGCCAGGGUUCUUGAUCCAUUUUCCUAUUGAGGGACAUUUAGGUUGUUUCCAGUUUGGGCUAUUGUGAAUGAAGCUGCUGUGAACAUUCGUGUAAAGGUCUCUUGUGUACAUAAGUUUACAAAUUUCUUAAAUACCUAAGAGAGGAAUCACAGGUCAUAGGGUAUAGACGUAUAACUCUAAAAUUGCCAAAUCGUUCUCCACAGUUGUACCAUUUUACACUUCCACCAGCAAUAUAUGAGAGUUUGUUGUUCCACAUCUUUGCCAACAUUUGUUGUCAAUCCUUUUAAAUUCAGCCAUUCUAAGUGGGCAUAAAACAGUAUCUCACUGUUGUUUUAAUUUGCAUUUCUUUGACGCCAUUUACAUUUUCCCUUUGUAUAUCUACCUUUGUAGAGUAUGGUUAUUCUUCUGUUCAUUUUUAAAACUAAGCUGUUUAUCUCAUUAUUAGUUGUACGAGUGCUUUGUAUAUUUUGGAUGCAAGUUCUUUGUCAGCUAUAUUUUGCAAAUCUUUUCUCCCACUUAUAUGUGGAUUUUUUUAAAAAACUCAACUUACAGACACAGGAACAGAUUGGUGGGAGGUGGAGGAACAGUGAAAUGGCUGAAAGUGGUCAAAAGGCACAAGCUUUUAGUCAUAAAAUAAAUAAGUUGUGGGAUGUAAUGUACAGCAUGGUGACUAUAGUUAACAAUACUGUAUUCUGUAUUUCAAGAUUGCUAAGGGGAUAAAUCUUAAAAGUUUUCAUCACAAGAAAAGAAGUAUAACUAUGUAUGGCAAUGGAUGUUAACUAAACUUAAUGUGGUAAUCAUUUACAAUGUAUUCAUGUAUCAAAUAAUUAUGUUGUAUACCUAAAACUAACACAGUGUUAUAUGUCAAUUAUAUAUAUUUGAAAAAGUCAUUCCAUUGCCUUCUGGACUAUCAUUAUUUCUGAUGAGAAAUCAGAUAUACAUCAUUGAUCUUCUGUCACAUGUAGCUUUACUCUGGCUGCUUUUAAGAUUUUAUCUUUGGAUUCAGCAAUUUAUGAUAUGUUUAGAUGUGAUUUUUGUAUUUAUCCUUUUUGGUUUCUUUCAGCUUUUGGACCCAUACAUCAAUAUCUUUCAUAAAAUUUGCCAAUUCUCCCCUACCGCAUGUACCACUUCUCUUCUAUGUCACCACACCAGCGACAGCUUCUGGAGAGGACCCAAAGCUACAUUCGCAUGUUCUGUGCUGGCCUCAUGGGCUUUAUCUUUGUCCUGCUGAUGUGCUUGUCCCCUUUACAUUGGGUGCGGUUCAUGGUAAUGAAAGACAAGAAGAAACUCUUUGCGGGGCUCUGGACUGUGUGCCACCAUGAUCUCUGCUGGAGCCACGUGCCAAAAGCACCCUACUACCUCCAAUACUCCAGGGCCUUCUUCCUCAUCUCUGCCUUCAUCAUCCUCAUUAUCAUUAUAUGGCUCAGCACCUUUCUCACCAAAGGGACAGGAGACAAAACCCACAUAGAUCUGGGCAUGUCCAUCUUCUCUUUCAUCUCAGGCACCUGCCUACUCCUCUGCCUCAUUUUGUACCUGAUGCAAGUGAAAUUGUACAGUAGGAACGUCUUGGAGCCCCAUUUCCUAUUAGCCUACCGCCUCAAUUGGUGGGGCAGUAUCUUCUACAUGACAGUUGGGUUCCUCUCUGGACUCAAUCACAUAAGUUCUUGGGCUACUUCUCCAGAUCAAAAUCUCCUUGUGAUUCCUAUAACAAGGACAAGAAUAGGAAAUAGGGCCAGAGUAGACGGGGGACUAACUGAAACAAAUGUAGGUGUUUCUACGUGGAUGAAUCAGGCACCAGAAAGGCGGUCAGGUUCAGUGGCACAAUCAAGUGUCUACACAGAGAAAGGGACUCAGACAAAGACAGUAACCCAAAAAGUGCUAGAAAGUCAGGUUGAACCAGAGGUCCAGGCUGAGUCAGGGACCCACACAGAGCCAGAGAUAGGAAGUGAAUCAGCAAUAAAAGAUGGGUUAAUAACUACAAGGUUAGCUACUGAGAUAGAACCAAUUGACACAGUACAGCCAAGGCCUGAGGCAGAGAUAAUUGGGAGUGUGGCUGAUGAUAUGUCAAGCAAUAGCCUUCAGGGUAAUGAAAACAAAAUGACCAAAAACUGGAAUUAUGAGGACAGAGAUUCAGCUGAGAAAAAUGAGGAUGACAAAACAAAAAAUUAAUCUUAGAUACAAGGUAGUGAGAGCAGAGAUAUUAAAAACAAACAAACAAACAAACAAACAAACAAACCCUAGAAGGCUUAAAGAUGUUUUGUUGGGUCUGUAAGAAGUGUGGUAGGAGUAUCAGAAGUAAUUCUGAUAUAAUAGUAUGACUAUUCUUUUGAACCGCCCCACCCCCCACCCCCCCACCCUGGAUUAUACCUCCUUCACGGAGCAAGUGGUAUUAUGGAUGAAAGCAAGCCAUUUGUAUGGGUUAGGGCAAAGGCACCAAUAAUGUAAGGCUCACAAGGAAAGAAAUGCAAAGCUUAUUAAAGGAAGUUUCCAUGUUA